CAUAAAUUGCAUUUGUGCUUUACCAACAGAGGUCACUCACUCACUCGCUUAGGCGUUCUCGGCCCAAAGAAAACGCCCCCCGGCAGCUCUGCUGCAUCUCACCCUCUCUCCUGCACCCGUUGCAGGCGUUGCAGCAGCGACGCAGUUCCACCGAUAAAAGCGAGGAGAAAGUGAGGAAGCAGCAGGAGAUGACGACUUCAUUGCUGCUGCAGCAGGCCAAUGUAGGAAGAGAGACAUAAGAGUUAUGAAGGUCGGAGCUGCAGGGGGUACGGUUGAGGCAUGGCUCGCUUUUGACUCGUUUUCUUUUGGCAAGGCUUAUGAAUGGCUGGAGAAUAACCUCAAAGAAGAAGAGUGGAAAAGGGCGAAAAAGCCAUCUCUGGGUUUUGAGAGAAUGGGGAUCGAUUUGAACACGAUCGAGGAGGAGGAGGAGGAGGAGGAGCCGGAGCAAACGGCCCACUGCACUCCUCCUCAGUUCCCGGUGCCCGUGGCUGAAGAGACGCCAAUGUGCCCGGAGUUGUGGCACGCGUGCGCCGGGCCACGGAUAUGGCUGCCAAAGAAGGGGAGCCUGGUCGUGUACUUGCCGCAGGGCCACAUCGAGCAGCUGGAGGACCUAGAUGGCGGGGACGACGGAGGCAGAGGUGGGAUCUGCCGAGGGGACUUGCCGCCUCAUGUCUUUUGCCGCGUGGUCGACCUCAAGCUCCAUGCCGAUACCGUCACAGACGAGGUCUAUGCCGAGCUAUGUCUCUUUGCGGAAAGUGAGCAGGCUUUCGAACAAAGAUUGAAGAAGGGUGAGGUUGAGGACAAUGAGGCAGAAGAGAGUGUGGAACUUGCGAGCAGACCCUCUAUUCCCCACAUGUUUUGCAAGACGCUCACUGCCUCUGACACUAGCACUCAUGGAGGGUUCUCUGUACCACGGCGAGCUGCUGAAGACUGUUUCCCUCCCUUGGAUUAUAAGUUGCAGAGGCCUUCCCAAGAACUUGUUGCCAAAGAUCUGCAUGGUACAGAGUGGAGGUUCCGGCAUAUCUACAGAGGUCAACCACGUAGGCAUCUUCUUACAACUGGAUGGAGUGCCUUUGUGAAUAGGAAAAAGCUCAUUUUAGGGGAUGCAGUGUUGUUUCUUCGUGGUAAUGAUGGAGAGCUGAGAUUGGGCAUCAGAAGAGCAACCCAAUUCAAAAGCAGCACUAAUUCUUCGACACAUACCAGUAGGAACUUGAAUCUAACAACCCUUCCUGUUGUUGCUAAUGCUGUGUCUGCAAGAAAAGUCUUCCACGUCUACUAUGAUCCAAGAGGAAGCUCAUCGGAUUUCAUAGUUCCAUACUGGAAAUUUGUGAAAAGCUUCAAAAAUCCUGUUUCGGUCGGAGCGAGAUUCAGAAUGAUCUGUGAAAGUGAAGAUGCCAGAGAUCGAAGGUCAACGGGACUGAUAACCGGGAUCAAUGAAGUUGACCCUGUAAGAUGGCCUGGCUCGAAGUGGAGGUGUUUGUCGGUAAGUUGGGAUGACAAUCGUGAAUUUGGCCAGUGCAGUAGACUAUCUCCAUGGGAAAUUGAAAGAACUGGUUCAAUUCUAGGCUCUGUCAGCCUGUCAACAGCAGAUUCCAAAAGGGCCAAAAUCAGCCUUCCCCUUCACAAUAUGGAGUACUGGGUUGCAAAUGGAAAUGGGUGUCCGGAUUCCAGAAAAUCUUCAAGUUUCCGCAAGGUCUUGCAAGGUCAAGAAGUUACAAAAAUUAGAGCUUUCAACAAUGCCAGUGCAGCAGCUCCUAUUUCGGAGGUCCAAAUCAGUCGAUACUCAGAGGAUGAUGCAUGUUCAGCUGCUGCAAACAGCUCCAAGAUAAGUGCAUCUGUUUCAGGAGGAAUGUUCAGAGUGCCACUUGGGAAUUCUGAGUUUCCUUCUGAUUGCACAGGCUUGAAUGAAUCUACCCGAUUCCAGAAGGUCUUGCAAGGUCAAGAAAUUUUCUCGAAAGUUCCUCUCCUAGGAGUUCCAUCUGAUUCUCAUCCGAGGGAUAGAGCCUACUGCAUGUUUGAUUAUUCUCCUACAUAUCAUGGUCUGAGCAAAUUAUCCAACACAUCUUGCCGAUCCAUUACUCCUGCUCAACAGUCUUUAUCACCAGUUCCAGUAUCUUCCCCAUCAUCCGUACUCAUGUUUCAAGAAAAAAAGUCCAGGAAUUCAUUGACAAAAUCUAUAUCUAGCAUGAAAUGUCAUGACAACGGCGGUGAUGGCUUCUACUUUGCCAAGCCAAAUUGCACGGAAACCUUCCAUAGAGAUUCAAACAUUCUCUUUUGGCCUCAAAGCAUGAGUUUUCCGUCUUCCAACCCACAACGUCAAGUGGUAAAAGCUGAUGUUCCUCUACCACAUUGCAAGUUGGGUUUGGAAAACGAGCAGAAUGGUUGCAAGCUAUUCGGUUUUUCUUUGACUGACACGGCUCCUCUAGCUAAUCUAGUUGAUAAAGCUCUGCCAGCCUCACUGUUUUCCACUCACAAGAAGGUUGACGCUGUAGUUUCAAGUUCAAUGCCUCGAAUUCCUGUGAAACCUCUAGCGUGCAAUUGCACUGGAUUAAGCGCCCUCUAUGCCGAGUGUGUUGCUCCAUUUUAGGCCUUUGGUUUCACGAGACAAUCUCUCUCUAAUCAGUGCUGCUAGAAGCUAUAUCCGGUGGUUGCGUUUUAUGAACUAGUAUCUGACUUAAUUUGACAAAAAUUGUUUGAUAUCCAGUUGUCGUCUGCAAAAGAACAGCAUUUUGCCAGGGUUGAUCCGUAGGACUUUAGAAAAGCUGAAUACAAGAAGAAACUUGGUUUCAAAUGUUUCUCUGAACUUGUAUCUCACUUAGCAUUAGAUUUGGAUAAGCUGAUCUUCUUAGUAGCUAAUUAUUUACUAAACUGUUGGAAUCUGAAUCAUGUUAGACUUUGAUCUGCUCAGUGACUGAUACUUUGUUGUAAGUUAAUUAUGGACCAUGCUAAAGCUGUUCGUAUUGA